CCUUUGUUUUGCAUGUUCUGUUGCUAGCUAGACAUUGUGAGAACCARUGAGUCAGGGAUUGGAAAGCUUUAUAAAGCAAUCAAAUACUAUAUAAAGGUGAAGCAAGUGUGUGGCAGACUACAAAAAAGACUUGUCUAAAGGCUACUGGAAAUGAGAAUUGAAAAUCUCCCGUUUCUCCUGUUAUUAUGUGCAGCACUUUCUUGUGCUUUCCCUGCAGAUCCAAGAGCGACAAAGGAAGAAGGCACACAGCUUGUCCAGAAGUACCUGGAAAAUUACUAUGGCUUUAAGAAAGAUGGAGAAUCUUCUGUUUGGAAAAUUAAUAGCCCAAUGGCCCAAAAACUAAAAGAAAUGCAGGAAUUCUUUGGGCUGGAGGUGACAGGGAAACUGGAUYCUGGCACUUUGGAGUUGGUACAGAAACCCCGCUGUGGAUUCCCUGACGUAGGUGGGUUCUCCACCUUUGCAGGAGAGCCAAAAUGGACAAAACAAGUCCUGACAUACAGGAUAGUAAACUACACACCAGACCUGCGUCCAGCAGAGGUCAACGCGGCCAUCAAGAAAGCCUUGAGUGUUUGGAGCAGUGUGACCCCACUGAGAUUCGUCAAGAAGGACAGAGGUGAUGCAGACAUAAAGAUCUCCUUUGCAGCCAGAGGUCACAACGACUUCAUCCCCUUUGAUGGCCCAGGAGGAUCCCUUGCUCAUGCCUAUGCGCCCGGAAAGGACUUUGGUGGAGAUGCUCACUUUGAUGAGGAUGAAACGUGGACCCAAAGCACAAAGGGCACAAACCUGUUUUAUGUUGCUGCCCAUGAGUUUGGCCAUUCACUGGGACUUGCCCAUUCCAAACACCCCGAUGCUCUGAUGUAUCCAGUUUACAGGAAAUUUGACCCUUCUGUACUCCUUCAUGAGGAUGAUAUUACUGGCAUACAGUACCUCUAUGGACCAUCUCCUAACGCAAACAACGAUCAAAGGGAAUCUACUGAGGUAAAAGACCCAACUGAGUCAAAAGAUCCUGAACUGCCAGACAGCUGCAGCUCCAAUUUAACUUUUGAUGCUGCCACCACUUUCCGUGGAGAAAUAAUGUUCUUUAAAGACAAGCRUAUUUGGCGCAAACAUCCAGCAGUCAGAACAGCUGAGUUUGAUUUAAUAUCUUCGUUCUGGCCACUUCUGCCACCUGGUGUUGAUGCUGCAUAUGAAAUUCCUGAAAAAGAUGAAAUGGUCGUUUUUAAAGGGAAUGAGUUCUGGGUUGUGAAAGGAGACACCAUUCUUCCUGGAUACCCRCAAAAACUCUACACCCUGGGCUUUUCACAGGAUGUUAUCAAAAUUGAUGCUGCUUUUCAUAAUGGAAAUGAGGGGAAAACAUAUUUCUUCAUAGCGGACAAAUUUUGGAGUUAUGAUAAAAGAAGUCAGUCUAUGGAUAGGAAGCCAUUACUGAUAAGAGAUGCAUUYCCAGGAAUUAAUGGGAAGAUUGAUGCUGUUUUCCAACAUGAAAGCUUCCUUUAUUUCUUCUGUGGAAGAAAGCAAAUUGAGUUUGAUCUUGAUAAGAAGAGAGUGACGCGCUUCCUAAAGACAAACUUCUGGUUUCCAUGUUAAAAAAAAAUGAAAUCUGUAAUGGUGUUGGAAAGAACAUGGUGUUACUGUGCUAGAAAUGCUUUUUCUCUAUAAAUAUAUGGAAUGUACGAGUACUUCAKCACUAACCAGCAGACCUCAGUCCCUGCACAAUCUGUUUCUGUAAAUAACAGAACAGUACUUCACAUGCCAACGUUAAAUACAGAUGUAGCUAACAUGUGGCUGGCUAGCUUACCAGAAAACAAUAGAGUUUUUACUUUUGAUAAAAAAAUUGUGACUGAUUGUAUCAUUUCUGCCAUCUUCUCUUCACACUUCAUGCUGCACAUCACCCUACACAGAGCUCUAUCAUGGUGCCAGGAGUCCAUGAGGAAGAACAUUCCUGUUCCUCAAGAUAGGAUUGCUUUCAACCAGUUUUAGWUAUUUCAGAGUUAAGCAAGCAGACUAAUCAAACUUCUGCUCAUAAUUACAGUGAGACAUACAGGAAUUCCAGAGAGAAAUCCCACCCAGCCUGAGGUGGGUGCUGAGAGAGGGAAAUGCUUCUUUUUUUCAUUGACUGCAGAGGUAGUUGAUGUUGGACAACUGACUAUAGAAGGCAAAAUUGAAGUGUGACGAAUUCURCCCUAAGGUAUUUACUGACAUAUGUCAUUUCCCAUGCAGUGUGCUCUAUGACAGCCCUGUUUGAUUGGGGAGGUURGAGCAGAUGACCCCACUGUGGUCCCUUCCAACCUCACCCAUUCUGUGAUUCUGUGCUCCAAGGCUUAUCUCCACAGACAGAGGAGCAGAUGGACACACUGGCAUGUAGGGAAAACCCAGACACCGCUGACCUGCCUCCGCUCCUCUCCAGUUAUCCCUGCGGAGACCCUAUAGGCUGGGGACAUUAUGAUCAUAUGUCAGUGCAAGAGAGUCCUUGUCACCUCCCAGGCUUAGGGRUCACUGCCAGGGCAAUAGGGAUCAAUAUCCAGGGUGAGACAACCUGGGGAUUCUGUAAAACUUAUUAUGUCAAGCUGAAAGUGUGAAUGUUCAAAAUUUAUUGUGAGUUGAUUACAAACCAAAGGCAAGGAAAAAACCAAAGGCAAGGAAAUGGACCGAUUAAGGUAGAUUGGGGGGACACAGGGAAAAUGGAGGGAUAAGUGGAUGAAAGGGUUGUAUGCCAAGAGGCUGCAGUCAGCGUGCCUCUUUGACCAUGCUCUGCACAUUUGAUCUUGUCUUCUCAGUAAACCGUUCCUCAUGCAUGGGUGGACUCUUUCUGUGUGUGUUUGGGUGAACUUCAGGCUGGACUGGCUGCUGAGGGGGUUAAAAAUCUGAAUGCAGCAUCUGGAGCACGGCUGCAAGCUACAGGGCUGUGAAUGUGUYUGGGUAUAGAGGAGGUGCAGGGCCAGAAGCUGUGCUGGGAGGGCUGUGUGUUUAAGAGCAGCUACUGAGGGUGUCCACGCUGUUGGUAUUUCCGUGCCAGUGCCUCACCAGGGACAGAAGUUCUCACCAGAGRGAGCAAGCA